AUGUUGUUUUGGUGUCUCUUCAAUUUGCAGAUGGAAAAAUAUAUUGCUCAACUAACAUCAGUUGCAGUCGCUGAUGUUGAUGAUGGAUCAACUGAAGAGGCAAAACGUCGACUAUGCACCAACCCCCUCAAAAAUCUCAUAGCCUUGAGUUCAGGCUACGGUCAUCCUCUGCUCCAGGUUGCAUCAGGUUGGCUAGGAAAUCGCUUCAGCUGCAAAUCUGUGUUGGCCUUCAGUUGUUCUGUGGUUUUUUCUAUGACAUUGGUGACCGCCUGUGUGGUCAUGUAUGGGCAAAGAGUUGCCCUGAUUGCUGCAAGAGUCAUCAGCGGAUUGGGGCAUGGCUUUUCCCUUAGUCCUGCACAUGGUAGCAAAAAAUGGUCACCUCCUGCAGAACGAACUUUUAUGACAACUUUGGCAUAUUCAGGCAUAAUUGCUGCAAUGUUUUGCAGCAAUCUCAUCAAUGGACUUUUGAUGCAGAAUAUUUAUUGCUUUUCUUACAUAAUUAUGCUGUAUUGCUGUUCUAUGGCUUUGUGGAUGAUUUCCUGGAGUAUUUGUAUAUUUGACGAUCCUAAUUCGCAUCCUUACAUAACUGAGGAAGAAAAAUCUUUCAUCCUGGAUUCUCAAAUUAUCAGUCCUAUUGACAAAAAUCAUGGAACUUUACCUUUGAAAUCCAUCGUUCGAUCUUUGCCUAUAUGGGCUCUAAUUUUAGCACAGUGUGGCCAUGAAUUUUCAUUCCACAUCAUGCAGUUUAUGUUUCCAAAAUUUGUGAAUGACGUUAUUGGAUAUGAUCUGGAUAAAAACUGGUAA